CCUAACCGGAUGUUCCUCCUCUUAUUGUGUCCGUCUUGACACCGGUACUUAGUGGCCCACUGAGCCCGGUCCCUGACGGAGAAUAAGAGUAUCGCCCCGGUGGACAGUAGCGGUAGCCUUCUGGCUUGGAUAUUUUUUCAUUUUCUGGAUUUUCCCCACACACACGUUCCGGGAUGCCUUCAAAUGUACAAGGAGGGAAAGCCUUUGGACUGUUAAAGGAGCAGCAACGGGUAAAACUGGACGAAAUAAACAAGGAAUACCUGGAAGACCAGAAAUACAGGGAUGAAGAAGACCUGGCGGACAAGUUGGAAGGUCUCAAAAAUAAAUAUGCUGAGUUUGACCUGAAUGACCAAGGAGAGAUUGAUAUGAUGGGUCUGAAGCGGACAAUGGAGAAGCUCGGGGUGCCGAAAACCCACCUGGAGCUGAAGAAGAUGAUCGUGGAGGUGACGGGCGGCAGCAGCAACACCAUCAACUACAGGGACUUUGUCAAGAUGAUGCUGGGCAAGCGCUCAGCUGUGCUCAAACUGGUGCUGAUCUUCGAGGACAAAGCCAAUGGCACCUCCUGCAAACCCGACGGUCCCCCUCCAAAGCGGGACAUUUCCAGCCUGCCUUAACUUAAAUCAGAGUGCUAGUGGAGCAUAGGGACCAUCGCUGUUGGCGUGAAGUCGAGUCGUUCUCUUAACAUGUGGAGUGUUGUGUUAGUGCGGGACCGGUGACGGAGGAUGUUGUGGUACACGGUGUAUGCAGGGUGUUUGAUAUUUUGGAAGACUGAGCCCACAACUCACUAAAUGAUGUUUGACUGUGAAUAUUCAUCUUAUUUUCCCUUUAAUUGAACUGUAGCGUGGGUUAGUUGUAAAUCUGCUUCUUAAAUGACAUUUGUAGUAAGUGUUUCAUGGAUACAUUUGAAGGGAACGCUCCAACAUUUUCCAGUUUUUUUUCUUUACUUAUUUCGUUUUGAGGGCAUUCAUUUCAGUGAGGCGAGAGUAUGAUGUUUUUGUGGAAGCACAUGGAAAAGAAAGCAGUUUUCCAGCACAUUUUCUGCACUGUCCUCAGAGUUCUAUGAUGGAUUCCUGCCAGGCUAAUCUUGGUCAGCUUCUCUCUUCAGAUCAGAGAUUAGGCCCAGCCCAUUUCCUCUGGUACAGAGCCAUCAAGCUUUGGAGCCUAAAUACUGAUCUGGCAUCAGUAACUAGGUUAUCAUGGCCACCUCAUGAUCUGAAAAACAUUUUUUUCUAGACUGUACUGCUAUGCGUUUUUAACAUUCAGUCACUCGUUGGGAGAGGAAUAAGAGAUCAUGUUGACCAUGUGUCUUUCAAUUUCAGUGUGUGGCUUGAAUAACAGCAAAUCUGACUUUUUUUACAUCUGUAAGGCUAAAGCACAUGUUCAUUUUGGAAGGAGUGUGAUUUACAGUCACACAAAUAAAAACAAAUGUACAUAAUAUACUACACACAGUACAAUCAUAUUCUUUCCAAGUGCCUCAACAUGCAUAUACUGUAGAGCUCAAACAGAUUCAAAAAGGAGGGGUGCACAGUUCAAGCAGUCCUUUUAGCUUACUAAUUCAAGAAAACCGUUAAAUAAUUGUAACUUCUUUGUUAUUUGGUGAGAUAGUUUUGAUGAUGUAUGUUGAAUUAUAUUGAUAUGGUGUUCCCACGACAUUCUGAGUGAGUGAAGUGUUGUUUUUUCCCUUUUUCGUACCAUGAUUUAUUUUUUUAACAUCCCAGAACCUGUUAAGUGAUUUAAAUGUUUAGUUUACUCUUCUUGCAAUGCAUACAUCUGUUAUUUCUCUUCGUUUUAGAUUUUUACUCCCCACACUUUCAUCCUCCCUUUUUGAUGAACUGGCUUCAUUGCCCUGUGAAUUCUGUAAUGUGUGCCUCAGUGUUCCCUUAACUCACUACUUACUGUGAAUUUGGUACUUGUAGUAUUUUUUAACCCACUUAAAAAUGUUUUAAACUAUUAUGUCAAUUUGUUUUCCGUCUGACAGGUAUGUCAUGUCUUUUAAUGUGCACAUUGUUUGCAGACACCAAAGGAAUUAAAAUGAUUCUUACACACUG